UCAGGAAAAGACUGAAGACGUGCUAGAGAUGUAAUAUGGCGGAGAACACCCCGUCAGCGGCUCUGAGCCCGCGAGGGCUUGCGGAUGGGGAGGAUGCGGGUUCCCCGGAGGAGCGGAUGGCGGAAACGGCGAGAGAUGAUCAGGAGCAGUUUGAGUGCCAGGAACUGCUCGAGUGCCAGCUGCAUUUGGGGGCCCCUGAGGAGGAGGAGGACGCGGGCCUGGUGGCUGAGGCCGAGGCGGUAGCUGCCGGCUGGAUGCUCGAUUUCCUCUGCCUGUCUCUUUGCCGGGCCUUUCGUGACGGCCGCUCGGACGACUUCCACCGCACCCGCGACAGCGCCGAGGCUAUUAUUCAUGGAUUGUCCAGUCUAACAGCUUAUCAACUGAGAACUAUAUACAUAUGUCAAUUUUUGACAAGAAUUGCAGCCGGAAAAACCCUUGAUGCACAGUUUGAAAGUGAUGAACGAAUUACACCCUUGGAAUCAGCCCUGAUGAUUUGGGCAUCAAUUGAAAAGGAACAUGACAAGCUUCAUGAAGAAAUACAGAAUUUAAUUAAAAUUCAGGCUAUAGCUGUUUGCAUGGAAAAUGGAAAUUUUAAGGAAGCAGAAGAAGUCUUUGAAAGAAUAUUUGGUGACCCAAAUUCUUAUACGCCUUUAAAAAGGAAAUUGCUUAUGAUAAUCUCUCAGAAAGAUACAUUCCAUUCCUUUUUUCAACACUUCAGCUACAACCACAUGAUGGAGAAAAUUAAGAGUUAUGUGAAUUAUGUGCUAAAUGAAAAAUCAUCAUCCUUUCUAAUGAAGGCAGCAGCAAAAGUAGUGGAAAGUAAAAGAGCAAGAACAACAGCUUCUCAAGAUAAACCUAAUAGUAAUGAUAUUGAAUUGGAAACUGAAGCUAAUUUGGAUAUAGGAGAAAGUGUUAGUGACAAACAGUCUGCGGUAACUGAAUCCUCAGGGGAUACAGUAUCCUUAUUGAGGUCUCACAAAAAUCUCUUCUUAUCUAAGUUGAAACAUGGAAACCGACCACAAGAUGUUAAUAAGAAAGAGGAGAGAGUGGAAACUCUUCAAAGUGGAAGAAAGAAAAAAGAGACCAGUAGGCGAGCCACUGAAAGCAAGAGAAUACAUGUUUUAAACAGUCAGCCUCUAACUCAUGAAAAACAUCGAUCUAGAAAAAAACAGGCGUGGAUUUGGGAAGAAGACAGCAAUCUGAGAUCUGGCGUGAAGAAAUACGGAGAGGGAAAUUGGUCUAAAAUACUAUCACAUUAUAAAUUCAACAACCGAACAAGCGUCAUGCUGAAAGACAGGUGGAGGACUAUGAAGAAGCUGAAGCUGGUAUACUCGGACGGCGAAGACUGAGUGUGCUCGCAGGGCCUGAUGAGACGACAGUUCAGCAUUGUGACCACUGCAUUUUGCUUGAAACCCGGUGGUCCUUAACGGAGCUUAAAAUUUUGUUUAAAGCAUUACAGUAUUUUUCUGCGGCACAGUCAUUUAAUGUGAGGACUUGUGCCGUAAGAGCAAGAUUAUAUACCAUCAUUGUAUUCUUUAAGAAUCUUUUCACUCUGAUAAAAAGAAUAAACUUCUUGAACCCUAGUGCUUUCAGAACUCCUACCUACAAACCCUGUUCCAAUAAAAAAGUGAAAGCCUGGUAAGAGAAAAAAUAUAUUGCUGUUAAC